GAGUUAAUGUAACCUGCAGGCGUGGUGAUCAAGAUGAAGAUGCAGAGGACCAUCGUCAUCAGACGUGACUACCUGCAUUACAUUCGGAAGUACAACCGUUUUGAGAAGAGGCACAAGAACAUGUCGGUCCAUCUCUCUCCCGCUUUCAGGGAUGUCAGAGUUGGCGACAUCGUGAUAGUUGGAGAGUGCAGACCCCUCAGCAAGACCGUGAGGUUCAAUGUCCUCAAGGUGACCAAGGCUGCUGGAGCCAAGAAGCAGUUCCAGAAGUUCUAGGUGCAUGGAAGUGGCAAUUUGAUUUGUUACAGUCAAGAAUAAACAAUGUUCUACUAACAUG